AAAAUCUACAAUGGCAUCUGUUGGGCUUCAGCUUCUGGCCACUGUCCUGGCGAUCAUCGGCUGGUUGGGUGAAAUCGUCAUUUGCGCGCUGCCCAUGUGGAAGGUGACGGCUUUCAUUGGCAACAACAUCGUGACCGCGCAGAUUUUCUGGGAAGGCCUCUGGAUGAACUGUGUGCAGCAAAGCACAGGUCAGAUGCAGUGCAAGGUUUAUGACUCCAUGCUGGCUCUACCUCAAGACCUCCAGGCCGCCCGAGCUCUCGUGGUCAUCUCCAUAAUCGUCACUUUCAUGGGCGUUUUCCUGACCAUCGCUGGAGGAAAGUGCACCAACUGCAUUGAGGACCAGGACGCGAAGGCUAAAGUCGUGGUCGCCGCUGGAGUGUUCUUCCUGGUUGGUGGAAUUCUUUGUUUGAUCCCGGUGUGCUGGUCCGCGAACUCCGUCAUCAAGGAUUUCUACAACCCCACCCUGUCCGAUGCUCAGAAACGGGAGCUGGGAGCGUCACUCUUCAUCGGCUGGUGCGCGUCCGGUCUGCUGCUGCUCGGCGGAGCACUGCUCUGCUGCCAGUGCCCGAAGAACGAGGGUCGCGCUUAUUCUGUUAAGUACUCUGCUCCCAGGUCUGCUCCAGGAGCUUAUGUGUGACGCACCGACUUUCUGGACUAGUGUUAUCGUCUCCUGUUUGUGUAGGAAGAGAUUUUUAUGUUUUACUUUCUGGUCUUGCAUGACCGUUUUUAAUUUAAUAAACGUCUUAAUGAUUUUU